UUUCAAUCGAGUGGCUUCUUCGGCUGUAUGAGCUUCUGUUGCAGUCCUUAGCUGUGCUGCGAUGACAUAGCUUGGAAAUCAAACCAAACGCUACAAUAAUGGUGUCACAUUUUUUAAAGCGAGAAUAUGAAAUGUGUUGACGCAUGUCAUCGAAUGAAUUAUUUUUUAAAGAUUUUCAGCUGAACUCACACCUGUCUACACUGGCUAGCAUCCACAAGAUUUACCACACUCUGCACAGGCUGAACCUAACGGAGGACGUUGGGCCGGCAUCGCAUACCACAGCCUGCUGCUCCAGACCCAUGCCCCCCAGGAAAAAGAGGAGACCCACUGCUGGGGAUGACCUGUCUGCCAAGAAGAGUCGGCAGGACAGUGUUUUCAGAAAACACGAGUCCUCACGUAUCCAGGAGGAGGAGGCCUUCUCCAGUAAGAGGUGUCUGGAGUGGUUCUAUGAGUAUGCUGGAUGUGAUGAUGUCGUGGGACCAGAGGGGAUGGAGAAGUUCUGUGAAGAUAUAGGAGUGGAACCAGAAAAUGUGGUGAUGCUGGUCCUAGCCUGGAAGCUGGACGCCCAGAGUAUGGGCUAUUUCACCUUACAGGAGUGGCUGAAGGGCAUGGGCUCCUUGCAGUGUGACUCAACAGAGAAGCUGCGCAGGUCCCUUGAUUACCUGAGGUCUGUCCUUAAUGACCCCACCAACUUUAAGCUCAUCUACCGAUAUGCCUUUGAUUUUGCCCGGGAAAAGGACCAGAGGAGUUUAGACUUAAAUACAGCCAAAUGCAUGCUGGGUCUUCUCCUGGGGAAGACAUGGCCAUUGUUUCCCGUGUUUAACCAGUUUCUAGAGCAAUCGAAGUACAAAGUUAUAAAUAAAGACCAGUGGUGCAAUGUACUAGAAUUCAGCAGGACCAUCAAUCUGGAUCUUAGCAACUAUGAUGAAGACGGAGCUUGGCCCGUGUUGUUGGAUGAGUUUGUAGAGUGGUACAAAGACAGGGACAUGUCAUAGUGACUGCUGUCCUGCCCUCAACCACCAAACCACAACGAACGGAAUGGCAAAAGGCACCGACAAUGACAACAGAAAAUGAAAACGUCAAACAAACAAACAAAACAAACUCACUAACAAACGGAACUCAAGGGAGCAGGUGUGGGCGGAUGGUAGGUGCCCCCUCCCUGUGCUGACGAAAUGGGGGGGGGUGCGGGGGGGGACGGGCAAGGACUGGCACCCUCGCUGCAUGCUGCCCCUUCCUAUCAGGGCCAGAGGUCACUGGUAGUGACUACAGGAUGGAGUGUGGGUGGGUUGGGGCAGGGGUCACCUCACCUACCGCUCCCCAAGUACCGUUCCCCACCUGCAGCUCCGCUCUGUGAGUAAGCACACGGCCUGCCCCCACUGGUGGCGCUCCCUCACUGUGACAUGUCGUAUUGCUGUGAGUGUACCAUGGAUGUGAACAAAAUGGCCUCGGCUCAAAGCAGGUCUGCACCGCUACAGUCCUGGGGGGCCUGUGUGUGUGUGUGCGCGAAUGCGUGCGUGUGUGUGUGUGUGUGGUAGUAAUAGUAAUAGCAGGGUCACGACAGCUGUUAAUUGCUCUGAGUGAUCAAUGAAAUUAAGCUGUGAGAUCCACUGCGUGGUUGAAGCCGCACAGGCCCCCAAGGGCUGGGGUUGUUUUUCGCCCAGUUCCAGAGGGAGUUAUUCUUCUACUUCCCCUCCUUCCCACGGAGAAAUGCAAAUAUACUCCCUCUGCACUUUUAGUCUUAAAAACAAGGUCACUUUGACCAGGCACAUGGUCUGAAAAUAGAUAAUAUUUGGUAUCUUUGUGCUUGGAUGUGCUUGGCUUUUUAUUCUGUAAUCAUUGUUUCCCUUAAUGAUAUUUCAGAUGAACUUCCCUGAACACAACACAUGAAAUGGGAGGGGAAGGGGUAGAAUCUUGUCAUACUUCUAACACUUAAGCAGUCGAGUCAUCAGUACUUCACCCCUUACUCGUCUAAAUAGCAAGAAUUGUUUAGGAAAUUGCUUCUUAGUAAACAUUACAAGGGGUCAAUGUGGCCAUCUAUACUUUAUCAUAUUUAUGGUACCUCACAUGUCACUCUUUACUUGGGUCAUUUUGAAUCACUCUAGCAAAAGAGCUAAAAAAGGGAAAGAGAAUUCCUUUUGGGCUAGUUUGCACAAAUGCAUUUCUUUAGCCAUGCCCAAACCACUGCACAGUGCGUGGACCCCAGAUCUCAUAGUGCCAUCAAGCAAUCAGCACAAAUACUGCAAUAAUUCUUUCUGCAGCCUGCUGUCAGGGCUGUGUUGGUUAAUGGAUAGGGGUCUAGGUGGGGGUGUCGUUUCCAUUGUUAGAUGAUGAACUAGCAAACCACAAGAGUGUGCUAAAGGCUGUCAACCACUGUGCAAGGAGUUAAAAUAGUGUGCUGUCACAUGGACCAGCAAGUUCAGAGACCAGACUAGACUUCUCAAAGCAUGCAAUUUUCUUGAUUGCACUCUACCGCCUAUUGUGUUAACGGUAAGCAAUUAUUGUCUAGCAAAUACCAUUUCUGAGAGAAAUGCAUUGGUGUAAAAGAGUUAGAGUGGUGUAAAAGAAAUUACUAGAAUCAUGAAACGUAUACAUAGGUAAACACAUAUUUACAUUUGGAUAAAAUUCCCCCAAAAAUAUAUCUUAAUCACCUAAAGCAAACCAAAAAUGGAAAGACAGGUCUCAGAUCCCCACAAUUGUACACAUCAAGGACAAAGUGCAUUCGAUCCACAGUAUACCUUAGGCUGCUGCACCUGUCCGAACAAUACAGUCUUUCACCACAACAGCUGUACAUAUACCAGUUGUUCCACUAGGUGGCGAUCUCGUCGAGUGGUGAGCAACAGGAGGCUGACACUUCCACCCUACAGACUGGAGUUAGCAUGGUUGUCUCCAAUACAAUGACUCAUCAGGUAUCCCAAAUAGUAUGGAGUCUGGGAUCCUUCCCCACCCCCAGUAUUGAUGAUUGCCUAGCAAAUGCCUAAUGUUGUAAUAUUUGUACAUGUUCAGUUUUGUCUUUGGCUGUGGCGUUGUAGCAGACUUGUCAUCCAAGUGAAAAUAUGCAUGCUUGCUACAGCAAAGCUGUCUAUGAGCGAUUUUUUUUAUUUUUUUAUUUUGUGUACAUAUAUUUGUACAAGUGGACUUUUGUGCUUGUUAUUAUUUUAUUUUCUGCAGUCAUGCUGUCUUAACACUUAAUGAGAGUCAUGAAAGGGGGUCGUGGUUUUUAGAGCUGAGACACACCUGUAACCUCAUCUGCCGAAGAGGAGUUCUACCCUGCAUUACCCGCCCCGCCAACAAGAGCUGGAUUACCAAUACCGUCAAGUUCCUCACCAGGGGUAAUUCUGGAUUAUAUGCAUCAUAUGCAGUGAUGCACUAGGGUGUCAAGGGACAUAGUACAUGAAACAAUACUGUCACAUGUCGCUGCCAAGACGGCAAAUUCACCUCUUUGACGAGUGGGCCAGAGUGAAAUCAAGGGUAUUUACUUUUUUGAUGUUGGUUUCCUUUUUUUCUUAGGUGUUGGUAAUGCAGGGUGUUGAACAAUCUCAUCUGACUGUAUAUAUGUAUGGAUGUGUGUAUAUGUGUUUGUUUUCACUGUAACCUACAUUCACUAUAUAAAGGGGUUUAUUAAUGAA